CCGGCGGCAAAUCGUUCGCGCGUGGCGUUCGUUCUUCGUUCGCGGCGUUUCCGACGAUUAGACGUACACGGAACGAAAUGGCGAUGGCAGCGAGCCAAGUCAAGGGUAGCGGAUGGCCACGGCGGGCGAGUAAUAGCUCGUUCGAGGGGAAAGUGGUGCAGAAUCAGUCUGUGACCAUCAACAGAACUGUCAAUCUAUAUCCUUUGACAAACUAUACAUUUGGAACAAAAGAGCCACUCUUCGAGAAAGAUCCGUCAGUACCAGCAAGGUUUCAGCGCAUGAGAGAUGAAUUCGACAAGAUCGGCAUGCGGAGAAGCGUAGAAGGCGUCUUACUGGUACACGAACACGGAUUACCGCACGUUCUUCUUCUCCAACUCGGUACAACAUUCUUCAAAUUACCUGGUGGAGAACUCAAUACAGGAGAAGACGAGGUAGAGGGCCUGAAACGGCUCCUUACAGAGACUUUUGGGCGGCAGGAUGGAGUGAAGCAGGAAUGGGUUAUAGAAGACACCAUUGGCAACUGGUGGCGUCCGAACUUUGAGCCGCCCCAAUAUCCAUACGUACCGCCUCACAUUACAAAACCGAAAGAGCAUAAGAGAUUGUUUCUCGUCCAGUUGCAGGAGAAAGCUCUUUUUGCCGUACCGAAGAAUUACAAAUUAGUCGCUGCACCGUUAUUUGAAUUAUAUGAUAAUUCGCAAGGAUAUGGGCCCAUUAUCUCAUCUUUACCCCAGUCCUUGUGCAGAUUUAAUUUUAUCUAUAUGUGAAGUUCGAGACUUAGAAUAAGAGAAUCACAAAAACAUGAUAAUUAGUUUAACAAGAAUUACCUUAAGGAUAGUCAUAUGUAUGUGUGAGACGACGGAUGACUUGGGGGGUACUUGUAUGUACAGAUAUAUUGUAUGUACAAUUUAUGGCUGAUCAUAAAUUAAAUCAUUUUUCAAAUAGUACUUAUCUAGUAGUAUCUAUAUAUAUCCAACAUAAACCUUGAUACUUAAUCGCAAGUUAUAUUUUGUUUUUAUCUGAUGAUGCUGUUGUUAAUAUUAAUAAUAAUGC